CGGCAUUCAUCUCCACAUGAAACUGUCGCUGCAUGCACUCAUCCCUCUCAGCAGGCAACACCGAGCAUAAGCAACAAGAACUCUAAUCUGUGUCUUUGUAACACCUCCACUUGACAUUGAGAGACGAAACCGUCAGCUUCCGUACCACCAGUUCAACCGCACCGUCACUGCGGUAUUGAGCCCAACGUAAAUGCCUCACCUUAGCACGAACUCGUGGAGUGCCUUUAUCCACCAUACAGAGCACUCUUUUAUGUCUUUACCAGCCGCGGCUCAGGCGUCAGAAAACGGAUGUCUUGGUGCUUCGAGGGGUAACUGGCGUGGUUAUCUAGGAGGCCUAGAGCUCCGCACGAGGUAAUCUGGAGCUUCUAGCCUGAUGUAUCCUACUGUACUUCUUUCUGUACUGAUGUUAGACGAGCACCUUCCUCGUUCAGUCGAGAGUAGUCGUAGGAUUCACUUGGUAUACUACAUGGUUGCACAUAAUCAAAUCUGUCCUUUAUGGGUAACCGGCCAUCGAAUGGCUCCAGUAUGACAAUCUGCAACACAGUAAGCCGGCGAUCAUUGAGACUGGUGCAACGUCACUCGUUAUCUAAAACCCCAGCACCAUGCCUUCGCAGUCCCCAGCUUCCGGCUCACUUCCGCACGCCAGAUCUGCCAGACCUGCCAACCCAGGUCCCCGCUCUCGGGGACAUUUCUGACCCCACACCCCGUGCAAACCACAGGGCGUCCACGAUUUCUGCUGACGAGCCUACUGUACGAGCAACGUCAUAGGCUAGUUGGCACCAAGCUUUCAACAGUCCGGACGAGGCGCGGGCCCGUAGCUAACUCAGCCGGAUUUGCAAUUGCAGAUGCAACUGUCGCAAGUCGUCCAGCUUAGAGGUCGUCACUCCAUAGCCACUCGUCCAGCAACUGUGCAUCGUGGAGCACAUCGCGAAUACGUGAAUAGCUUGUUUGUGUACACAUGAAUUCUAACAGCCGUGAUGCCUAUAUGUCGGAGAAUGGAGGUCGUAAAAGGAUAAC